AUGGCGCAAUUUUGUACAGAAGCGAGGUUAUCUGUAGUUUUGUGUAUUGUUUUUAGCAGCGUGCUUCCUAUCAAGUCCGGAGCACCAUCAAACCGAAUAGUUGGAGGCCAUGUAGCAACCAUCGAAUCAUACCCAUAUCAAGUUUCCGUACAAGAAUUGAGUGUUCAUGUUUGCGGUGGUUCAAUAAUUACCGAUCGAUGGAUAUUAACAGCGGGACACUGUGUAGAUGAUACGAUUCCGCGGUAUAUGAAUGUACGCGUUGGAUCUGCAUUUUACAAUGAGAAUGGUACUGUGUACGGUGUCGAGAUGGCCAUUCCGCAUCCCAACCAUGUGCCAUACAGCUGGAUAAUGGACUUCGCCUUGCUCCAGUUGAACGAGUCGUUAGUAUUUUCGACUUUCGUCCAACCUGUCGCUCUGGCGUCUCAUCGGAAUGAUCAGCUGUACGAUCGCGAUUGUGUAGUAACUGGUUGGGGUCGCACUUUAAAUGAGGAAGAAAGCUUUGACCAGCUGCGUGCAGUCGAGAUUCCGUUGGUUUCACGAGAACUUUGCAAUGUUACUUACGAAGGAAAGAUUGAUAAGUCGAUGAUAUGUGCGGGUGAUUAUAUUACUGGCGGCAAAGGUAGCUGCGCGUAUGAUUCCGGUGGCCCAUUGGUUUGUGCUGGUGUGCAGGUUGGUAUCGUCUCGUGGGGUAAGGGCUGCGCCCUUGUUGGAUAUCCAGAGGUAUACAGUAACGUUUUGUAUGUGGAAGAGUGGAUUGAUAGAGUAAUAAAAGCAUUAUAA